AUGGCAACACAAGGUCAAAGCAGUUCUGAAGUAUUCGCAAAAGACGUAGAACAAAUUAUGGCAACCCACGAAAAGGAGAAAGAACAACAAGAAGGAGGAGAGCCGAGUAGAGGAAAAGGGAAAGCAACUAGAGGAAGAGGAAGAGGUGGUAGAAGAGGUAGAGGAAGUACGAGGACAACAAGGCAAACGAGGGGUGGAACAAAAGGAAAAAUUAGGAAACCAAAGGAAGAAACAUCAGGAGAAGAGGAAGGUGGAAUAGAGGAGUUAGGUAGUGAAUUGACGGAAGUAGAAGAGGACAACAAGAAUGAAGAAAUUGACGAAGAGGAAGGAGGAGAUCAAAAAGAAGAGGAAGAAAGAAAUGGAGGAAACAAGGGAGGUGAAGAGGAUGAGGAUACCAUCUCUUUAGGCGAUGAAGCAGAGUUCGUGAAUGAAAAUGCACAUGUUGAUCGAGACCACGAACGAUACAUAGCUGAGUUGAUGAAACUCUACGAAAGAGGCAAAACUGGGAAGUUUCAAAUGUUAGAAAGUGCAUAUGAGAAGUGGUGUGAAAAAGUUAAAUCAAGACCGAGACCAAUAGAAAUGCUAAAUUGUUCUAGUGAAGAAGAAGAGGUAGAUCAAAACGCUCUAAAGAGGAAAGGCAAAGGACAAGCGACCGAAAAACCUGCGAAGAUAGGGAAGACGAUGGCACAAGGAAUAACUCUCACUCAAAGACUCAUAGACCUUUCACCGUAUUGGGAUGGAAGAAUGACGGCAUGUUUUGGAUAUGUUCCCUUAACGAUAUUCGUACCGGCAUGUUUACUGGCGGACAAAACGCAUAUGUCGAAUCGAAGGAAACAAAACUCGUCCUGUUCAGAUAUCAUUUCUUAUGUCGGUCUUCGAGUACCAAACGAGUGGAGACAAAGCUUCUUAAUGUGGUCGACUUCAUUCAACUUAUAUGUUCAAUAUUGGAGAGUUAAAUAUCAUCUAGGAGGAGCGCUAGAACAUGUCAACCCGUGGACAGGCAGACAUCAAGUUGGUUGGGAUUUACUGUCUAACGGAGACGAACAAAUCACGGCGGUGACAGGCGGCAGGAUGCUAUCACAUCUAGCAUCAAACAGUAGUAAUAGAGCUCAUCAGCAACCUAAUCACCAAUCAGGUUCCUAUAGUCACUCAAGUUAUGAUAGAGCAGGACAAAACCCUCACCAGAAUUAUAAUUAUGAUCAAAAUAGAUUUCAAGAUCAAGGAGCGAUGAACCAAGGGUCAGGUGGACGAGGAAGAGGCAGGAGAGGAAGAGGAAUCGGAAGUAGGGGAGGUGGAGCUAGAGUCGCAGUGAACCCGGCCCCAACGACGGUAAUCAAUGGAGUUGUGGUGCCUAAGUACGGACCAGGGGCCUUUGAGGCGUUGAAAGCUGCGAAGCAAGCAGGAGGAAGCAGUAGUGCAACAGGUCCAAAUCAGUGA